CCUCUCUCUGUAUAUAUAUUCCUCCUCCUUCUCCAUGUAUCUGCAUAACUAACAGUAGCACAGCAAGAUGGGACGUUGGUUGAGACCAGAGGUUUACCCGUUGCUGGGCGCCGUGUCCUUCGUGAUGAGCUUGUGCCUGUUCCAGCUCACCAGGAACGCCUUCAUGAACCCCGAAGUCAGGGUUAACAAGGCUCACCGGGCCUCGGCCGUCCUAGAGAACCACGAGGAGGGGCAGAAGUACAGUCGGCAUGGACUCCGGCGGUUCCUUCGCCACCGGCCACCAGAGGUGAUGCCUGCUGUCAACACCUUCUUUGCGGGGAGCAGGAAGGAGUGAGGUGCAGUCCAGUGUGUGUUUCAUGAAUUUGUGCUGUGUAUGGUGGCGAACUUGUAUGUGUUAAAUAAAGUGAGUUAGCUGUGUAUUUGGAUUAUUAUCAAAAUAAAAGAAGGUCAAAAUCAAAAUUUACA